GUCGGGACAUCCGGCGCAUGCGUGGAGCUGAGCAUCGAGAGCCUGAAGAAGCGGACCUAAAAACCGGAAACUCGGGUCCACCCAACAGUGUGCAGUUAAAGCGGCUUCUUACAGCUUUGUUACGUUUUAUAGACAAGCUACACUUCUGAAGAAAACAUGUCUGGUUCAUCAAAUUUGGUCGCGAUGAAGAAAAUCGUUCAGCAGCUGCGAUUCGAGGCAAAGAUCAACAGAGUAAAGGUGUCCCAGGCCGCGGCGGACCUGCAGCAGUUCUGCCUCCAGAACGCCCAGCAGGAUCCUCUGCUGACAGGCGUGUCGUCCAGCACCAAUCCCUUCCGGCCUCAGAAAGUCUGCUCCUUCUUGUGACGUCCCAGCACGUUUGUGUACCGGCUUUUAACCCAUCAUUUUCCUGAAGCCAUAUGGGACAGAUGACAUGGGGCAUUGCAUAAAUAUGUAUAGAUGACCUCCUUCUGAAUUUCCUUAUACUUUGUACCUCAUAGUGACUUAACUGCCAAUUCUUGUCUACCAGCAUUGAAAUGAAGCUUUUUUUUAUAGCUCCGUAAAUACUGUAACCUACUGAAAUGGUCAGUUGCUUUGUCUCUGAAAGGAGAAGUACUUCACUUGGUUGGUUGCAUUGUGCCUUUUCACAACAAUCUGUUUUCACAACAAUCAACUUUUGACUUUUUUAACAAGUAAAUAAAUCAGUUAGAAUGUGUCUGCCACCUUUAUUUUAUAAACAAGACCUUUACCUGAUAAAUGUUUUAUGUACUGAAUGAUAAAUGGGCCACAUUUGGGUUGUUUUGUAUUCUAGCAAACAAGACAGAAUACUCCAAAGUAGGUUAUAAGUAAAAUUUUCAUUUUGGGAAUAGUUUUGAAAUGUACUAGUUGCUCAAGGUGUUUCACAUGUUCAUGUGGUAACGUUUUGAUGUUGUACAAGACAUCAGUAAGCUAAUUUAAGGCAGUGCUUAAGAUACUGAACAGUACACACAAAUUACAGGUUUAAACUUCAUUGACCUCUGCAAAGGUCUCUGAAUUGCUUUAACUGAAUAAAGGGAUAGUGAACCCAAAA